AUGAGCUGGGAGAACCCGAUCGACAGCGACACGGAGCGCGACGACGGCGGCGACCUGGGGCUGGCGGCGGGCUCCGCCGAGAAGGGCCUCGUGCGCCAGCAGCUGGACUCGUUCGACGAGUUCAUCCAGAACACAAUGCAGGAGCUCGUGGACGACUCGCGCUCCAUCCGCAUCAACCCGGAGGCGCAGUACGCGCCCGGCCAGGCCAAGGCCAACACGGACACCAUCUACAACAUCUCGUUCGGCCAGAUCUACCUGUCCAAGCCCACGAUGACGGAGGCCGACGGCUCCACAAGCGUCAUGUUCCCGCACGAGGCGCGCCUGCGCAACCUCACGUACUCGGCGCCGCUGUACGUGGACGUGGACAUGGACCCGUACGACCAGGUGGAGACCCCCAAGGAGUUCAUCGGCAUGGUGCCCAUCAUGCUGCGCUCGCAGUACUGCGUGCUGACCCACAAGACGGACAAGGAGCUGACGGAGCUCAACGAGUGCGUGUACGACCAGGGAGGCUACUUCAUCAUCAACGGCAGCGAGAAGGUGCUGAUCGCGCAGGAGCGCAUGAGCAACAACCACGUCUACUGCUUCCGCAAGAACGCCGCGUCCAAGUACAGCUGGGUCUGCGAGACGCGCUCGCACGUCGAGCACGGCGUGCGCCCCACGAGCACCAUGUACGUGCAGAUGUACCAGAAGAGCGGCGGCAAGAGCGCCAUCACGGGCAACCAGAUCCGCGCCGUGAUCCCGUACAUCCGCCAGGACAUCCCCGUCGUCAUCAUCUUCCGCGCGCUCGGCUUCGUGGCCGACCGCGAGAUCCUCGAGCACAUUUGCUACGACUUCUCGGACGCCGAGCUCAUGGAGCGCUUCAAGUCGUCGCUCGAGGAGGCCUUCGUGAUCCAGGAGCAGGAGGUCGCGCUGGACUUCAUCGGCCGUCGUGGUAGCGCCAUCAACGUGAGCAAGGCCGACCGUAUCCGCUACGCGCAGGACAUCCUGCAGAAGGAGAUGCUGCCGCACGUCGGCGUGGAGGACCACAACGAGACCAAGAAGGCCUACUUCCUCGGCUACGUGGUGCACAAGCUGCUCAUGUGCUCGCUGGGCCGCAUCGGCGAGGACGACCGUGACCACUACGGCAACAAGCGUCUGGAUCUGGCCGGCCCGCUGCUGGGCGGCCUGUUCCGCAUCCUGUUCAAGAAGCUGACCAAGGACGUCAAGUCGUUCCUGCAGAAGUGCGUGGACAACGGCAAGGACUUCAACUUGACGCUGGCCAUCCGCUCGCGUACGAUCACCAACGGUCUGCGCUACUCGCUGGCCACGGGCAACUGGGGUAUGCAGAAGAGCGCAUCGAAGGCCGGCGUCUCGCAGGUGCUGAACCGACUGACGUACGCGUCGUCGCUGUCGCACUUGCGUCGCUUGAACACACCGCUCGGCCGUGAAGGUAAGCAGGCCCAGCCGCGUCAGCUGCACAACACGCACUGGGGUAUGAUCUGUCCUGCCGAAACGCCCGAGGGCCAGGCUGUCGGUCUCGUGAAGAACCUGGCCCUGAUGGCCUACAUUUCUGUGGGUUCGCCGCAGGCUCCCAUCCUUGAGUUCCUGGAAGAGUGGGCAACAGAAAACCUGGAGGAGAUCAAGCCGCAGAUCAUCCCGCACUCGACCAAGAUCUUCGUGAACGGUAACUGGGUGGGUGUGCACCGUGAACCGAACGAGCUGAUCCGCACGCUGCGGUCACUGCGUCGUUGCGUGGAUAUCGACGCCGAAGUGUCGGUUAUUCGCGAUCUGAUGAACAAGGAGCUGCGCAUUUACACUGACGCUGGCCGCGUGUGCCGUCCGCUGUUCAUCGUGGAGGACAACCAACUGCUGCUGCAGAAGGAGCAGGUCGUGAAGCUGCAGAACCACAAGAUCACAAACUACCGCUGGCACAACCUGCUGACGGAUGGUGUCGUGGAACUGAUCGAUACCGAGGAAGAGGAAGUGUGUAUGAUUGCCAUGGAGCCCAAGGACGUCGGCACCGGUUCGCAGAUCCACACGCACUGUGAGAUCCACCCGUCCAUGAUCCUCGGUAUCUGUGCCAGUAUUAUUCCGUUCCCGGACCACAACCAGUCGCCGCGUAACACAUACCAGUCCGCUAUGGGUAAGCAGGCCAUGGGCAUCUACUGCUCCAACUUCCGCGCAAGAAUGGACACCAUGGCCAACGUGCUGAACUACCCGCAGAAGCCCCUGGUUACGACGCGUGCUAUGGAGUACCUGCAUUUCCGUGAGUUGCCGUCGGGUAUCAACGCUAUCGUGGGUAUUGCGUCGUACACGGGCUAUAACCAGGAAGACUCCUUGAUUAUGAACCAGAGUGCCAUCGACCGCGGCUUCUUCCGGUCCACGUUCUACCGUUGCUACAUUGACCAAGAGCGGAACAAGAGCCCGCACGGCGGCCCCGGUGGCGGUGCAGGCGGCGCCAACUGCGAAGAGUUCGAGAAGCCCUCCCGCGAGAACUGCCUGGGUCUCCGCCACGGCAGCUAUCACAAGUUGGACAACGAUGGUCUGGUGGCUCCUGGCACGCGUGUCAGUGGUAAUGAUAUCAUUAUCGGUAAGACGUCGCCGCUGCCGCAGUCGGAAGAUUCUUCGUUGGAGCAGCGCCACCAGAAGCGUGAUGCUAGUACGGCUCUGCGUUCGCACGAGAACGGUAUUAUCGACAGCGUGAUGCUGACGACGAACGCCGACGGCUUCAAGUUUACCAAGGUGCGCUUCCGCAACAUUCGUGUCCCCCAGAUUGGUGACAAGUUUGCAUCGCGUCACGGACAGAAGGGUACGAUUGGUAUGACGUACCGCCAAGAGGACAUGCCGUUCACGGUGGAGGGCAUCACGCCCGAUAUCGUCGUGAACCCUCACGCUAUUCCGUCGCGUAUGACGGUGGGGCAUCUUGUCGAGUGUCUGCUCGGCAAAGUGUCGUCGCAGACGGGUGACGAGGGUGACGCCACGCCGUUCACGGACGUGACCGUGCAGGCCAUCGCCGACACGCUGCACAACCUGGGCUACCAGAAGCACGGCAACGAGGUCAUGUACAGCGGCCACACGGGCCGUCGCCUGACAGCGCAGAUCUUCAUCGGCCCCACGUUCUACCAGCGCCUGAAGCAUAUGGUCGACGACAAGAUCCACUCGCGUUCGCGUGGCCCCGUGACCAUGCUGACGCGCCAGCCCAUGGAGGGUCGUGCGCGCGAGGGUGGUCUGCGUAUGGGAGAGAUGGAGCGCGAUUGUCUGAUCUCGCACGGCUCGGCCAACUUCCUCAUGGACCGCCUGUUCGCCAACUCGGACGCGUACCGCGUGCACGUGUGCGAUAUCUGCGGUAUCAUCGCCAUCGCCAACCUGCGCAAGAUGACGUUCGAGUGCCGCACGUGCCGCAACAAGACGCAGAUCUCGCAGGUCCACAUCCCGUACUCGUGCAAGCUGCUCUUCCAGGAGCUCAUGGCCAUGUCCAUCGCGCCGCGCUUGUUCACGCUGGGCAACCCGAACGCGCCCAAGGCCCGUCAAGGUUAG